AUGUGUCCUGGAUCGGGAGUGUGCAGGUCUUCCUGGUCUUCUUCAUUGGCACCUUUUCUGGUCGUCUCACCGAUGCAGGCUACUUUCGUCCGGUCUUUCGUAAGCUCCAGUCCCUCUAACCCUCACUCCGCACUGAUGACAGCAAUGACGACAAAGCGCUUAUUCAUUCCAGUUUUCGGGACUGUUUUGACUCUACUCGGCGUGUUCAUGGCAUCCCUAGCUACGCAGUACUGGCACCUAUUCCUAGCUCAAGGAAUUUGCGUCGGACUUGGAGCUGGGUGUCUGUUCUGUCCAGCGCUAGCAAUAGUAUCAACAUACUUCGCCAAGAGAAAAAUGUUAGCCAUAGGUAUUUGUGCGUGCGGUAGUGCUACAGGAGGAUUAGUCUAUCCGGCCAUGUUUCAACAGCUGCUCCCAAAGAUCGGCUAUGGAUGGACCAUGAGAGCCUUGGGCUUUACUACUACGGCCUGCUUGGUUGUAUCUAAUAUCCUGGCAAGACCAAGACUGCCUCCUUACAGCACAGGACCUAUCGUCGAACUCGCUGCCUUCACGGAAGCAUCGUACAGCUUGUUCGCGGUUGGCAUUUUCUUGGUCUUCUGGGGCGUCUAUUUUGCUUUCUACUACCUGAGCUCUUUCGGUGUCGACAUAAUCGGCAUACCUCAAAACGAAUCAUUCAACCUGUUUCUAGUGCUCAACGGUGUUGGUAUAAUAGGCCGCACUCUCCCUGCGUAUUUGGCAGACCGCUAUACUGGUCCUAUGAACAUUCUGCUCAUGGUAACCAUUGCGUCGAUCAUCUGUGCUUGGGCUAUGGUUGGUGUCACCUCCCGAGGAGGGCUCUAUGCGUGGACUGUGGUUUACGGUGUUGUCGGAAACGGUCUUCAGGCCAUGUUUCCAGCCACGCUGAGUAGCUUGACAACCGAUUUGAAGAAAGCGGGAGUCAGAAUGGGGAUGAUAUUUACGAUCGUAAGUUUCUCCGUGUUGACGGGUCCACCGAUAGCCGGUCUAUUGAUCACGAGAAACGAUGGCCACUAUGUGUAUGCGCAGAUCUUUGCGGCCGCAUCUAUGGUUGUCGGGUUCGUACUACUCUGUGGAGCUAGACUUGCGGUUACUGGUAAAGUCUUGUUUUACAAAAUCUAG